AAAAUGGCAUUUCCCAUGAAUCACAAGACCAUCUUCGUGAUGGAUCACCAUCCGAAUUUCUCCAUGGCUUGUGAUCAAAUCGAGUUCGACUUUCACAAGGCCCGCACCCCUAAUGCGGGCUACAUCCCCGCUCCGCCCGUGACCAAAACCAUGUGGACGUGCGCCACCGAGGCUGUUAUGGAGUAUUGCCGGAUUGUUUGGGACAUCUUUCCGACCAACAAGCUCAUCCAGUUCAUCGUGGGUAACCAAGAGGGUAAAGUGAUCAAUUCGUGGGACAGCGGUGAUCAAAACUCGCGAGCCAUUGCCAACGGGUUCGCCUCGUGCGGACGACCCGAAUCCGAAUCGAAGAAGAAAGCCGCAUCCAAUAAGAGCUACAGUCUGUUAAGGGCUCUAUUCAAGGCCAUCGAGUCCUUGACCGAGCUUACAGACACGCAAAAACGAGUUCAGAUCAAACAUGUGGAGGAUGGAGGUCCCAAGCUCGUUAAUCGAGGUCGAAUCGUGUGUAUCACGCACAUGCACGACGACAAGAAGCUCAAUCAAUUGGUGGCGUCCUUCAAGGAGGAGUUGUCGGCCCUCAAUCAAAAGGCGGCCGGCUCAGAUACUUUGGUGCCCAUCAACGAGGUCACCUUGGAGGUGGUCCAUUGCUAUCCCAAUCACAUGGAUUGCCUUGUCACCCAGUGUUCAGUGCCCAUUGAGGAGUCGCCCAUUUUCAGCUAUCAAGUGCAUACGGUGGAAGCCGGUCCGCCAUUGGUGAAGAAGCUCCUCCAUCUGGCACAUUGUCACUACCAAUUGGCUUCUACUACUGUGACCGGCAUUCCGAUGAAGGAAGAACAGAACGCCUCCUCUUCGGCCAAUUACGACGUGGAGCUGUUCCAUAAGGCCGAGGUCCAUGAGAAGCUCCUUCACCAUGGAUCCGAAUUGGUUCAAGCCAUGAAAGAAGGCAGCGAUUACAAGACGGUCACCUUGAAGUGGUGCACCCCGCGGGGUUCGACCGCAGAUUUGCAUUUCUGCACGCAAACCGUGCGAAUUACGCCCACCGAUGUCAACAGUCGGCCAUCUUCGUGCCUAACCAAUUUUCUACUCAAAGGUCGGAGUGUGAUGCUAGAGAUGCCCAAGAAGAGUGGGUCCAAGACGCUUUCGCACAUGCUCACCUCGCAUGGCGGAGAGAUUUUCAUUCACACCCUCUCAAUCAGUCGCUCGAUCUUGGAAGAUCCCCCUUCGAUCUCAGAAGGUCCGGGUGGACGUGUCACGGAUUAUCGAAUACCCGACUUGUGCGAGAUCAUGAAGGCUAAUCGGGUGGCGCCUUGGCCAGGCAACAAUUUGCAAGCCGUCGAGAAGUCCCGCGCCCGCCUCUCCCGGUUCGUCCAAGUGUGUCCGCUGACCAUCAGUUCAACCACCAUCUUCAACAUGGCCGUUCUUGAGCCCAUGCAAAGGAUUAUCGUCCAAGAGGAGCUCACCGACGAGGACGAGGCCGAGUGUCGCAAGGCCAUUUACACCCUGAUAUCCAUGGAGAACAAGGCCGAUCCUCUGCCCGUGCCCACGGUCACCUCAGUGCACGGCAAGGUCAAAACCUUGAAGAAAGACGAGCAGUACAAAAUGAUGUUCACCGAGCUGGAAAAGUUCCUUCUCAGCCAUGCUCGAACUGAGCGCCACAACAACGUCUUGAAUUGUCUGCUCGAAUGUCGGAACAAGCCAAUCAUGGAUCACGCCCAAGGGACCACCGGCAAUAAAGACGACCAGGUCGAGGUGGAAGUGGCGUUAGCCGAAAUUGAGCGCUAUCAAGCGAUGACGGAGCGAGAGCGGUCGGAUUUCAACAUGUCCAGUGAUGGCGUGUUGAGGGCCACCACGGAGAGUCCCAUGUCGCCCAAUUCGGCCUCGACGCCCGCGGGUCCACCCCCGAGUAAGAAGAUCAAAUCCAUGUUCCGAGGGGGCAAGUCUCUGUUGGAUAUUUGGACCAAUAAGGUGGAGAAGGAGCAUUCAAAAUAUCAUGUCCCGUUUGCUGGCACUUUGGCUUUUGGCGAGAAGGCCUCGCUCUACGUGAAAGUGGAUAAAGACGGCGCAGAAUCGGGCAACAAAAUGUGAUUGGAUUUCGUUUGUGGCUUAAGCCAUAAUUGAAAAGCACAUUUCGAAAUAAAGUGUUGAACUUUUUCUUUUCUAUGA